CAGAGGAGCACUGUUUACUGGGAGCAGAGUUAGCUGUCAGGUGAAACUCCUGUCUGCAGCAGUAUACCAUGAAACUAACACCCAGUGCUUUGGGUUUGCUAGGCUGCUGUUAGCAGAUAGAGGAGCAGCCAGCUCCAUGUCCACGAUUUGGGUGUGAACAACUUGGGACACAAUGUCUCUCUUGCUGAUCUCCUUCCUUCUGAUUCUUCUGCUUGGGAUUGUGUUGCUAUGUAUCAUUUUCAGAUGGCUUAUUUGCUCCCUGGCUGUGCGCGUCUUCCAGAGCGCACUGGGUGCCGAGCUAAAGAUCAAAUCAGUCGGGCUGUUUUCUGUCCAAGGAGUCAGUAUCCAGUUUCAUCCCCAGCACACUCUGGAAAUUGACAGAAUAUGGAUUUCAAGCAAACUUAUAAACCAGGAUUUGCCGCGAUACCUGGCACUGUGUGUUGGGGAAACCAGAGUUAGGUUUGAUUUACAAGCACCACUGAAACCUCUGGUGAAACAGAGCCAUGGGAAGAAGUCAGGGAAGAUUUCAGUCAGCCCCACAACACUUCGCUUUCUGUCACAACUACUGUCGUUCCACAUCAGCUCGAUCAAUGUGAUGGUACUUAACCUAUCACUGUCAGAGUCUCUGUGGCACAUGACUAUCAAAGGCAUCACCUUGUUACUUGACCACCAGAGUAAAAGGUUGGCAUGGGACUUCUCGGUCGGACAGCUAAGCAGUAAAGUGCUAAAAAGCAGCCAGUUGGACAUAUGUUUGGCUGAAGUGGCCUUGAGCCUGUUGCUGUCUGGGGAUGUGAGCCUGCCAGAUAUGAAGCCAGGUAGUCUGUCCCUGUGUGUGAGGACGCUUAUAGCAGAGCUGCACGAGGGUCUGUUCCUCAGCCAAAUCCUGGUGCCUGCAUCCCCCAAAAGGAGGAUUCAAGAUGCCUCUGGUGAUCAAACACAAGAGAGUGAAAACACUGAAUUCAUCCAGACUGAAGCUGUGGAACGGUUUCAUCAGCUAAUGCCUCACAAGGUCAAUGUGGAAUUUGAUAACACAAAUGUAACCCUAUCCAUGCAUAGCCAGAAGAGACACCUGAACUGGACUCUGAAGUCUUUAAAGGUCUGCUAUGGACGUGGCUAUGAGCAGCUUCACCUUAAAAGCUUCACUCCUGAGCUGAGCUUUCCCCAGAGUAGCCUGGAGCUCCUUUUAGAGGAUGGACUCCUUCUCUCUCAAAGCAGGCAAAGAAUGCUUUGUGUGAAUACCCUGAAGACAGCUCUGCAGGUCACAUCAAUGGACAUCUCUGGGUCAUUCACAGUGAACACUUGCAUCAUCCACUACCGUCACCAGGAGUUCUCCCAUUGGCUAAAUCUAUUUCCAUGGGAACAACUGAUCCAUAGGAAAGCAGCACACAGAAAAAGGCGCCUCCCUCACCUGGAUGCCCCUGUGAUGAUUACCUCCUCUGUGUCCAACGUUAAUGUGUCUGUUCAGCUGGGAGACACAACGCCUUUUGCUCUGGGCUUCCUCUCUGCCAGCGCAGAACUGCAGCAUCUUCUUGACAUUAAAGUUGACAUUAAAGAGAGCCCGGAGUCCCAGAACGUGCACCAGCGUGCCUCACUGACCCUGGACAACUUCUGGUGGAGAGUGGGUCAGGGGUCUCACAUCCAACAAGCACCCCACCCUCCUGGUAAACACGUGUGGGGAGAAGCAUUAAUUCUAGACUCCUUGCGUCUUCAGGGGAGUUUGAACCGGUCCCACGUGGAGCUGAGUAGCCAGUGUCCGAGUCUGAGCGUGGAGUCCAGCCUGAAGGGACUUCAAGUGGAACUUUCAGAGACCUGUGCACUGUGUCUGUCUCGCCUGCUGUCCCUCAUCUGUGUUCCUCCUGACACAGGGCCACAACUGUCAGACGUGGCCUCACUGUCUCCCCCUAGUGACAAUACUGUAGUCCUCCCCUCCUCACACCUACCCCUGCUUUUUAAACUGGACUGUUGUCUGGAGGAUGUUAAUGUGUUCACUGUCUCUAAUCUGGCAGGAGCUGUAUCUUUGCGGAUGGAUACAGUCGGAGUCCUGAGCUCUGCAGAGAGCUCAAGAGUGUCUCUAGAGGGUGUUAGCUUGUCAGUGGUUAAGACACUCACAGAGAACAUGGAAACGUGUUGUCCUGCCUCCCAGACUCCCAACCCUGUCCUCAAACUCACCACAAUAGCCUUUUGUUACCACAUCACCACCCACACCUUGCAGAUUCAAUGUGAAGAGGAGCUCGCUGUUGAAUGGACGCCACCAGAUCAUAUGGUCUUAUAUCAGCAUGUGACCGAAGCUCAGGCUUGUUGGCUUAUGCUUAAGGGAGACCAAGCAGAGGACUGUCCUGUCAAACCUACAGAAGGUUCCAGCCCAAUUAGAGGGUUGUGUGUGCGUGUCGAGCUCAGCAGCACUCGUUUGACAGCCCAUGUUAGCGAGAAGAACUACAUUCUCCUGCACACAGAAGCCCUAUCAGUCUCCAAGCACGCUGGUUCCAUGCACAUGUGCUCCCCCUCCUUGAUCUUAAACUUUGACGGCAACAAUAUUGUCUCCUUUAAAAGCCUAGAUGUGGAGACACAGUCAGAGCUGACUGAAAUGCAGCUGCACAGAGACGACUUCCCCUUCCUCACCACUCCUCACAACUGUGUCUGGGUGCUCACUUGCCCAGUCAUGGCUGUAGAGUUCCCCUACCAGUACAAUUUCUCAAAUACCUUCGACAUGGCCAUCAGUGUACAGAAGUGGUUAAAGACGCUGCAUCGCUCCCCAAGCCAGGCGACCGCUGUCCAGCCUCUGCCUCCUGACUUCGUGUUCAAAAUCAGCCAGUUCUCGUUUGUCUUCUUGGAUGAUGUCUUUGAAAUCAAGCUGCGAGACAACUAUGAGCUGAUGAAAGAUGAGAGCAAGGAAAGUGCAAAGCGCCUGCAGCUUCUGGAUAAGAAGGUGGCAGAUCUGCGCAAGCAGCACGGAGAACUUCUGCCUGCCAGAAAGAUAGAAGAGCUGUACAGUUCACUGGAGAAGAAGCAUAUUGAGAUUUACAUCCAACGCUCAGGUCGACUCUAUGCCAACACACCCAUGAGGAAGUCUCUGCUGACCUGGACUGUGUCAGACCUGGAACUUGUAGUCCUGGCUGACCAAGCUCUUCAUGGGCCAGAAAGGGUGAGAGAGCAGCUGAGGGACAUUGACGGGAUCAGUCCCUUCCCCAGAGAUGGACUCUCUCUGGUGGUCCAGUGGUGCCGUGCUGUCAAAUUUAAACUGGCUGCAUUUUUGGUGAGAAUCCGGGACUACCCUCGCUACCUGUUUGAGAUCCGUGACUGGAGACUUUCGGGGCGUCUCAUCGGGACAGAGCAGGAUGGACAGGCUAGAGCUCAUCGCAAAGAGAUUGUCCCACUUGGUGCACCAUGGGGAGAUGUGACAGUCCACAGGAAUAUGCCACCGCUCAAGUUCUAUUAUGACUUCAAAUCCAACAUCUCUCUCUACACCAUUGUGUGGGGACCAUGUUGGGACCCUGCCUGGACUUUAAUUGGUCAGUCAGUUGAUUUGCUCACCAAACCCACAGUUGAUCCCUCACCUCUCCUGGCCUGGUGGGACAAAAGUCGUCUCCUGCUGCAUGGACGCUGGGUUAUGGACAUUGAUCAGGCCAAUCUUCAUCAGCUAGCUACCGAGGACCCGUACAACACUACAGAAAACAUGCACUGGGAGUGGAAUAAGCUGAACUUUGACUGGAACCCUGGGCAGUUUGUCUUUAAAGGAGAUUUGGACGUUAACGUCAGGACAGCAUCAAAGUACGAUGAUAUCUGUUUUUUACACCUGCCCAACCUGUGUAUGACCCUUGACCUCCAAUGGCUUUGCCAUGGCAACCCCUAUGACCACCAUGCUGUAAUGCUCUGCUGUGCGGAAAACAUUGCAGACGUGACCUCAGGACAACCUCAUGACUCCUACAGAGCUUUUCGCUCUGAGAACCUCAACCUCUCCAUCACCAUGGACCUUAACCAGCACUGUGGAACAGACCCUUCCCAGCCCAGAAUCCUGCUGUACAGCAGCACCCUGCGAUGGAUGCAGAACUUUUGGGCCACCUGGACAGGCAUAUCUAGACCAAUCUGCAGAGGCAAACUCUUCCACAGCCUCAGGCCAGUCCGCAAGAAGCUGGGUCAGCAUUACAAACAGAUGUCCUACACAGCUGCCUUCCCACAACUACAAGUGCAUUACUGGGCCUCCUUUGCCCAGCAGAGAGGUAUCCAAGUGGAGUGCAACAAAGGCCAUGUCUUCACUCGAGGGGCACAGAGACUUAUUCCACAGGCUGGCACUGUGAUGAGGAGGCUGAUCUCCGAAUGGAAUGUAACUCAGAUGGUUAGUGAGCUCUCACAGGUGACCGUUCAUCUGAUGGCCUCCACCUGGGAUGAGACGGCUGACCACCAGAUCAAUGCUCAGGUGAAGAAGACUCACCUGCUCAGUCUGUCCUCUCUCAGCUACCAGCGACAGAGCAACCGAAUGGAAGAGGAGGUGAACACGAAGGAUGAGACUAAUGCCUCUUACACUCACAAACUGCACCUGGUGGACCUGCGUGCUUCCUGGACCACCACCAACAGGAACAUAGCCUUUGGGUUGUAUGACGGUUAUAAAAAGGCUUCAGUUUUGAAGAGAAACCUCUCCACUGAAGCUCUGAAGGGUCUGAAAAUUGACCCACAGCUGCAGACCAAGAAACUGAAACGCUCCCCUUCCAACUACUCUCCUUCCACAGCCCCCACCACACCAGUUAUGCCCAUCGUCAAUCGAGCAGAGAAAAAUCAACAUGAAGGAACGUCAAUGCUCCAGAAACUGAUUGAAGAAACGGAUAAGUUUGUGGUGUUCUCAGAGGAGGACUCCGGUGUCAGCGAUCAGCUGUGUGGCAUCGCAGCUUGUCAGACUGAUGAUGUCUAUAACCGCAACUGGUUUAUCGAGUUGGUUAACUGCCAAAUGAUGUUGCGUGGCACAGAGACAGCAGGCUGUGUGCUGGUGUCUGCAGCCAAGGCCCAGCUGCUCCAGUGUGAGCACCACCCUGCCUGGUAUAAUGACACCCUGAAACAGAAAACCACCUGGACCUGUCUGCUGGAUGGCAUGCAGUACUUUGCCACCAUGGAGCCCAACCCAUCAGAGCAAGAGGACAGGCAGCUGUGGCUGGAGGUGAAAAACAUAGAGGAACACAGGCAGCGUAACCUAGACUCAGUGCUGGAGCUGAUGGAGAGCGGCCAGGCUGUUGGAGGAAUGGUUAGCACCACUACAGACUGGAACCAGCCAGCCCAAGUGAACGAGAUGCAGCAGGUUCAGCGUAUCAUCUCACGGUGUAGCUGCCGGAUGCACUACAUCAGCUACAGUCACGACAUCAACCCAGAGUUGGCCACACAGAUUAAACCACCAGAGCUGAGGAAUCACCAUGAGAAGGAGGAUCUGCUGAAAAAACAGGCUGGGGCCGUGGACACUUUUACCCUCAUCCACCAUGACCUUGAGAUAUCCACUAACCCUGUGCAGUACGCUAUGAUCCUGGACAUCGUCAACAACCUGCUGUUACAUGUGGAACCCAGACGCAAGGAGCACAGUGAGAAAAAGCAGCGUGUGCGUUUCCAGCUGGAGAUUUCUAGUAACCCUGAGGAGCAGCGCAGCAGCAUCUUACAUCUCCAGGAGGCAGUCAGGCAACACCUUGCUCAGAUUAGACGCCUUGAAAAACAAAUUUACUCUAACAUCAGGGCACAACCUGAUGAACUGAGCAGUGACGAACUCACUGAGAUCAACACAAGGCUGCAGAACCAGCUAAACCAGGAGAAAAAUGAUAUGCAGAUGAAGAGUGAAGAGCUCAACAUUCUCAUCAGGUGUUUUAAGGAUUUCCAGCUGCAACGGGCAAACAAGCUGGAGCUGCGGAAGCCUCCGGAGGAUGUGAGUGUGGCGAGGAGAACGGAGAUCUACUUUGCCCAGGCCCGCUGGUGUUUGACUGAAGAGGACGGCCAGCUUGGCAUUGCUGAGCUGGAGCUGCAGAGAUUUAUGUACAGCAAGCUGAACAAGUCUGACGACACUGCAGAGCAUCUUUUGGAGUUAGGGUGGUUCACAAUGAACAACCUUCUGCCCAAUGCAGCAUACAAGGUGGUGCUUCGUCCUCAGAGUAACUGCCAGUCCGGUCGACAGUUUGCAUUGCGGAUCUUCAGUAAAGUGCGCCCCCCUGUGGGAGGAAUCUCUGUCAAGGAGCACUUUGAGGUGAAUGUGGUGCCUCUCACCAUCCAGCUGAUGUACCAGUUCUUCAAGAGAAUGAUGGGAUUUUUCUUCCCAGGAAGAAAUGUUGAAGAGGAAGAGGUUACUGAUGAGGAGGACAAAUUCAGAUUGGUUACUACAGGUAUCCCUGUUAAGCCUCGGCAGCAGUCAGAGGACACCAUGGGCGCUAUGGGCCCCAGCAAAGGUGUCACCCAAGGACUGAAUCGCACUGCUGGGGUCAGGAGGUCGUUCAGGAAACCUCCAGAGCAUCCUGUUGAUGACAUUGAUAAGAUGAAGGAGAGAGCUGCGAUGAACAACUCCUUCAUCUACAUCAAGAUUCCCCAAGUGCCGCUCUGUGUCAGCUAUAAGGGAGAAAAGAGUAGCGUGGACUGGAAGGAUCUGAACCUGGUUCUUCCCUGUUUGGAGUACCAUAACAACACCUGGACGUGGCUGGACUUCGCCAUGGCUGUGAAAAGGGACAGUCGGAAAGCACUUGUCGCACAGAUGAUAAAGGAGAAGCUGCGUCUUAAGCCUGCUUCAGCCUCAGAUCUGCGGGGGAAGGCGUCCGAAGGGAAGUCGGACAACAGUAUGCAGCAGCAAGAGGAAGAUGAAAAGGCACGGCUCCUCAUCGGCCUCAGCACCGCAGACAAGAGCUCCAGCAAGAAGAGCAUCUUCAGUCGACGCAAGUGAAACACAAAAACACACAUUCACAGCAAGAGACGACUUGACUGACUGACUUUUGUUGUUGUUUUUUAAUGAUGCACUACAGCAGCUGCCACUCUCCCUCAGUGAAGGGCAUCAGGGAAAAGCAGACUGCCUGUUAGGGGUCAAAAUAUCAGACUGGCAUCAAGAAUCACAAUGAAAAAGGGAGGGUUUCUUUUUUUUUACUUUAAUAUAUCAUAUCAACCUGCUGAACUUAAGAGAAAUAGUCUGGAGUUGUUGUUUUUGAAAGGCAACUCCUGGUGUGUCUCAGAAUUGAAAUAUGGCCAAAAUCUCUGGUUAAAAAAAUAAAAAAUAGCCUGCAGAGAACUCAAACAGCUCCAGGAUUACCAGGGUGCCAUUUUGACCAAAUAUAUAUUAUUUUAGUUUAUUUGUGUGCCAUUAAAACAUCUCACUCUGCAACUUUCAAAAAAAUAAUGACCACUUGGGUUGCAUUGAAUGUAGCGAGGAACAUUUAUGUAGCGAGCACUUCACUGUUACUGUUUCCUCCGCUUCUACAAAUGCAAGACUGAGAGCACCUUUUCCUGCUGGCUCGGGAACACUGUAUGUCAGAACCUGUCAAAGUGUGCUAGAUUAAACAGAGCUCAACUGAAAGCACCUUGAGAACCUCUUUGAUGCUGUUGGCUGUAAAAAAUUUGAUUUUGAAACACCAUAAAUAAAUAAAUAUAUCAGUAUAUGUUUUAUCAAUAAAGCUUAUAGAAAUUGUACACGGCUGUAUGACUGUCGCUCUGACAGGAAGGCCGUUGCCCACAAAUUACCACAAAUGAUGCUAUUUUAUAUUUUAGUUACAAAUGAUGGACUUUUAGGGCUGGGCCAUAUGGAUAGAAUCAAAUAUCACCAUAUUUUUGACCAAAUACUUCUAUUGAUAUCGAGACAAUAUUGUAGGAAUGACUGUUGGUGCUUUCACAAAAUAUUUAAACAAUGAGAUUUUUGAUAAAUAAUCAUCAUUGAUUUGGAUAUAAUGAGUAAGUGGAUGAAAGCAGAUAACAUAACAGCUUGAGUAGUCUGUUAAAUUAAUAAAGUUACAUCAUUUUACUGUAAUGAACCCUUUAAAAGCAAAAAAAAAAACUUACACCAUAUCACAAUAUUACGAUAUCCAAAAUCUAGGAUGAUAUCUAGUCUCAUAUCACCAUAUACAUAUAAUAUUGAUUUAUUACCCAGCCCUAACAGUCUGCAUCCCUCAGCUAGCUGUUUGACUGUACCUCACCCCAGUGCAAUAUAUCAAGAACGGAGCAGCAAAAACAUUUCAGUGUAUUGUAUAAUGUGGUCUGGUUUGAUGGUAUUGUGGCAACAAAACAAAAAAGAUAUGUUGCAGCUAAUUGCUGAGUGUAUGUUUUGUAAUUUUAACACAAAAGCACUUUUUAUGCAAAGUAUUUUGAUAUUUUUGUAACCACGGUUUGUUUUAGUUUUAUUUUCUGUUGAUUACUUGAUUACUUGUUAUAACUGUGCUGCUAAGCCUGUUAUUAAGAAUACAAAGACACAACAUUUCAAUUAAACUGAUCCUAUCUGACUGAUUUUCACUGUUUUUGACAACGCAGAUUUCUUCUUAUUUCUGUUGGCUCUGUGGCUUAUUGUUUUUGUCUGUCAAUAAAAGUGUUAUAGUCUCACA